AUGUGCCUGAAGAACUUGGCAGUCGAUAACGGCUUCGUAUCCGAAGUUACGCCCGAGGAGCCUACGAACAGCCUUCAGGAAAUUGGAUACCGUUUGUUGAUGGAGCCCUUUACUCUGUGGACUGAUUGUGUUGUUGCAACGGCCCUGAGUAUGACGGAGUAUAUACUGGGCGAUGAUCGUCAGGACCGGUCGUCUCAGACCGAGAUCUCCAGUAGAUUGCUCAGACUCAGCAACGCCCGAAACGACUUUGCACGAAAAUCUGGUUAUUCAGACCAAAAUCGCGCGGUCGACUCGAAGGAAAAGGAAAAUUGA